AUGCCAGCGGGGCUGCGGGAUGCAGGCAGUGAGCCCGGUCCAGGAGAUGGAAUGGGUGUGAGGAGGAGGAGGAGGAACACAGCAUCAGUCAUUCCACGGCGAUGCAAGUGCCCCCCAAAACAAGGCAAAUGACGGUGUGUGCACCUCUCUGAGAGCUCCUUUUGUUCCUUACAGGGAGAUGACAGUGAUGUUUGUCCACAUGGAGCCCCACCAGCAGCACCUCAGGAUGGAGGCCUCCGGCCCCCCACGUUCCUGACAAUCCGCCCCUGGCUCAUGCAAAUGCGAGCAGAAGCCCAGGCUGCUAUGGAUGGGAUGAGACACUUCCAGGCUCCAGGCAGAUCUCGCUCAGUGGCUGAGCCUCGCCUCCUCUGUGAAGCAGCAGAGGUCGCUCUGGUUGGCUUAAAGCUACUUUUUGCAUCUUGGGCAGCUCAGUCUGAUCUCCUCUUCUUGAGUUUGUGGAAAAGGCUUUGCAUGUGGUAGGGAGGGGUGCUGGGUGAACUGGUGGUUGAGAAACCUCCCUCUCUCUCUCUCUUUCUCUCUCUCCCUCUGGUUUUCCCGUUGAUGGCCAUAUGAUCUGGCACCAGGAGCCUGGAGCUGCUACCCGGUCACCAGCUGAGUUCUCAAGUGGAGAAGAGAAAGGAAGGCAAAUAUAUAUACAUACAUAUUCAUGCAUGCACACACUCUCACACACUCACAAACACACUUGUUUUCCCCUAGCCAUCUCCAUCCCUAAAGCAUCUCCUGCUGCCGCCGCCGCCGCCGUUCCCAAUGAAGUGUGAUUGAGCCAAAGAGUCUACUGUAAACGGAAGCAAGUCUCUCGUGGAGGAAAGAGACAAGAAGGAAAGCAGCGCAGCCGAGCAACGUGGGUUUGCCUUGCCAGUCAACAAGUGCCCCUUUUGGAAAGGGAGGCCGUCGAAGUGGAGCACCGCCGUCCUCCUCCCCUUCCUCACUCCAAGGACGCUAAGGUGGGGACUUCCGUCCGGGUGGUUCUCGACUCCAGAGAAACUUCCACCAUUACCUCCAAAAGCGAAGACGACUUCUUAACCCUGGCCGCCUCCAGGCUGAGCCGCAAGAAAAGGGUCAUCGGGGCUGCCAUCGGGGUGGCCAUGGUCCUGGUCCUCCUGGUGGCCAUCCCUUUGCUGGUCCACAGCUCCAAGACCACCUCGCACUACGAGAUGUUGGGCAGCUGCCGCAUGGUCUGCGACCCCUACACGCCCCAAACCCAUGGGGCGGCUUCGGCAGAGGCAAGCCAGGAGCUGGCCGUCAUCUCGCCGCCUCCACACGUGUCCGGAGGGAAAGGAGACCCGGGGAGGAAGGGCAAGUCGGGGAUUCGUGGGCCGCCGGGCCCUCCGGGGCCACCUGGGCCCAGAGGUCCAGCCGGGGAGCCAGGGAGGCCUGGCCCUCCAGGCCCACCCGGCCCAGGGCCUGGGGGAUAUAUCCCAUCUUUCUACAGCCCUAAGAUUGCCUUUUAUGCAGGACUGCGGAAGCCGCACGAAGGGUACGAGAUCUUGCGCUUCGAUGACGUGGUGACCAAUGUGGGGAACUACUACGAGCCGUCAAGUGGCAAGUUCACCUGCCCUCUGCCCGGCAUCUAUUUCUUCACCUACCAUGUCCUGAUGCGGGGCGGGGACGGCACCAGCAUGUGGGCAGACCUGAUGAAGAACGGGCAGGUAAGGCGACACUCUAACCCUAUGAACUUUUCCUUCCUGGGUCAUCCUCUGUGCCCCCUCUGUCUCGCUUACCACUCUCUGUGUGCCAUUCUCUCCGACUCUCCCCUAUUGCAUCCUCCCAUUCCAACUGCAAACAGAAUGACCCCUCCAUCAAUAGCCUCAGCAUCCCAGUUCCACUUCACCUGUAG